GACACCCUACACAGCUUCAGGGUGCCGUGCCCGAUUUGGGGACACCCCCCGGGUCCCUUUCCCUCACCCCCUCCCCCCCCCCAGACCCCCCCGUGGUGCUGCCGGAGUCGCGCUGCACGGCGGGGGGCGAGGGCGUGCGCUGCGUCUGCGCGGCGGCGGCGGUGCCCGAGGCGGCGGUGGUCUUCGAGCUGCCCUCCCGCAACCUCACCGUGGCUGAGGGGCACCGCGACUUCGCUGCUGCCCCCCGGGGGCCCGGGGGGGCCGUCACCGGCAUCCUCACCCUGCGGGGGGCCCUGGAGCCCCGGCUGGCCGUGCUCUGCGCCGCCCGCAACCCCCACGGCACCACCGCCCGCCAGCUGCGCUUCCACCACCCCGGUGGACUGGUGUGGGCCAAGGUGGGGCCGGUGGGAGCCGUGGUGGCCUUCGCCAUCGUCAUCGCCCUCGUCUGCUACCUCAGCCAGAGCCGCCGCAAGAAGGGGGCGGGAAGCCCCGAGGUGACGCCAGUGCAGCCCCCGCCCGUGCCUGGGGGGGACCCUGACCUCGACCUGCGUCCCCAGCAGGCCCGGUGGCUGCGGGGGGCCGUGGGCCGGUGGGCGCUGGGGGCACGGGAGGGGCCGGGAGCCCCCCCGGAGCCGCCCCCCCCCAAACCGGGCCGGGGGUCCCCUGAGGAGCCCCCCGAGUACGCCGAGAUCCGGGUCAAGUGACCCCGCCCCCCACCCGCUGGCCACGCCCACCGCCCCGAGGCCACGCCCACACUCCUUCAGUUACGCCCCCCGCUGGCCGGAGCUGCUGCUGCUGCUGCUGGAGCCUCAGGCUCCGCCCACUCGCCUCUGGCCACGCCUACUGCCGGCUGGACACGCCCACAUCUGGAUGGACACGCCCACUGCCGGCUAUGCCACGCCUGCCAGGCUCCCAUUGGCGUGCUGCCCACUGGCUCCACCCACCAGCUGCCAGGUGUGGCCGGGAGGCCCCGCCCCUCCAGGCAGGCUCCAGCCCCCGUCGUUAUUUAUUGCCCCCUCAUUAACGCCACUAACGAGUGCCCCACCCCCGUGCCCUCUGACCCCCAGACCCCAAUAAAGAGGAGGUGGCCGA